CUGGAGUGGAUCACUGCAGCGGUGCGCAGGGCCAAUGGAAGGGCCUGUGGCUGAUGCAGUGCUAAAGCUUCUUCAAUACUUCCACAACCCGGAGCUCGUCGGGUCUCUUCUUCUCCUAUACGUCGUUCAUGUCGUGGGGUUCACAGUCAACAUCCCGCACCUGUUCCUGAACGGGCUGAAGUUUAUCGUUGCCCCCACGGAGGAGGCGGUACUUAGAAUCAGGUCCGAUGCGAAGGGACCGCGGCCCGAACCGCUCGGGCAGCUGGAUAGGGAGGGGAAGGACGCCAAUGCGUACGACAAGAUGGAUGCCCUUGGUCUCGCAAGGAUGGAGGUCUCGCGUGGGACGCUGGGGGGCUUGAUGUACUUCCCACAAUACGAGGGGAUGGUACUGUGGUCCGUCAUCGCUCUGGGCAACUUCGUCAUCGCUCAAGGGAGCCGCUGCGCUAUUCCCACGCAAGCGCCCCUGGGAUGGGCUAGCCUGACGCUCUGCGGCGCGCUCCUCCGCUGCUGGUGGUGCAACGUCCGCCUCAUCUACCUCCUCGGCCUCAACAAUGACUACUCCAAGUUCGCCCUCCUCUCCGGAUUCUGCGGCCUUUUCGCCGCCGCCGCCGUCGCCGCCAUGCUACCACCCGCCUUCCUGGCAUUUGACGUUCGUGCGGCCGCAGCCGCGCUGCACGCCUGGGGGGUAGCGGUGCGGGGGGGGCGUGAUGCCGCGGGGCCCCCCGGUGGGGUGUCGGCCGUGGUUAGCCGGGAGGACUUCUUGGCGAUGUUUCUGCCGACGGUGGCGGUAGUGUCGGCCUGCGUGACGGCGGCGGCGGCGCUGCCUGCCAUUCGCUUCUCGCAGUACUUCUCCCGCGCUCUCGGAAGCGGCAGCGGAGCGACACUCGUUUACCGCGCGCUGCUCGUAGCCGAUGGCGUUCUGCCGUGGCUGGCCUCCCUGGUGUGGAUCACUGAGGUUCCGCUGCUUGUCCUCGGCGAACGUUGGCGGGGGGGUGAUGCAGGCGGGGCAUUGGCCUUGAGGGUGGGGGUUACCGGGCUAGCUGCUUGGGCCAGGCUCGCCGUGGGGAAGCUCCAGCUCCAGGCGUACCUUGAAGGGGUCAAGGAGUCCGUGCUGGUAGACCUCCGGGAAAAGAAGGUCGACUCGCAAGCCGUGCGGUCCAAGUUCGACGCCCGCUUGCAGUACCUCGUCAUCGCAGCCGCGCAGUACGCCGCGCCUGCCCUCACCGUCCUCUUCUCGCUGGCCCUGCUGGUACACAUCAGCGAUGGCGCCACGGGCGACGACCUCGUGUCAGGGACAGGGCGGGGGGCAGGGCUCGGAGUCUGUGACGCCGCUCGCCGUGUGGUGGGCCUAGAGUCCUGGGCUACGGCCUUCUCUGCCGCGGCGGGAACCACGGAGGCGCCGAAUAGCGGCGCCGCCGUCGGCGGCGGGGCGGCGUUAGGGUUAGGGGGGGGAGGGCUGGCGGCCUUCGUCUCAACGAUUCCGGAGAUCCCCGAGGCGUUCUGGUCCGGGGUGGCCGGAUUCUUGGCGUGGUGGGCUUGCCUCUCGUGGGCGGUGACGUACGCGGUUGGGGUGGCGUUCUGGUUUGUUUUCCCGGAGGACGUAUCGGUGACGGAGAGGGUCCCCACAGAUAGGACCACCAAGGGCAAGAAGGAGAGGGUCAAGGGGAAGGCCAAGGCUAAGGGCGGUGGCAAGGGAGUCGGUGCCGGGGGUAUGGGCUAGUGUCAGCGAGCGAGCGAGCCGCGGCGCGUUGAGUGAUGUCGCGGAUUUCGAUAGGGAGCGACGCAUGUAGAAGCUGAGGUCUGGUUUACGCAGGAGUGAUAGCGUGGUGCAGGAGAUCAGCGCCUCUCGCCCGAUCAUUCUCGCAAGCCACUAUUUGGUCGACCUCUGUUGUUCAUAUCGAGUUGCUUGUCCUGUCCAAGAUGGGGUAGGCAAUAAGCACAGCCGUGGAGCUAGGUGCCUAUUCCGCGGGGAUCGGGGGAACCAGCAGCUCGUCCGGUCGCGGCUCGGCCGUCUUUUCGAUGUUUGGUUUUCAUCUCUUUUAAGCAGUGCUUCACAGCUUUUCUGCCGGGCACAUGUAGGAGCUGCAAUCCGUGGUCAAUAGAACGGUUUUCUCCUUGAAAUCCCUCCUGCGGUGGCUUCGUUUUUUUACGCGUGAAGAUCGAUAACUUUCCGUCCAUGACAUUCAGAGCACGCUAUGUACUGGAUUCUGUCGAGUUUCUUGCUGCCAGAGGAAAGAGGAUUCGCGCGAUGAGGUAUCCGGCACAAAGGCCGGUCUACGGUGAGCGGAAGCCAACCUCUUCUUCGUUUCUGGC